AGGAAAUUUAGGAGGAGUGUCCGGGGGGCAGCAACUUAAAAGGCGGAGGGAACUGCGGCUAAAUAGACGUUCGUGGAUGGGAGCGCAAUAUAUAAGGGGUUACGGUGCCUCAGAUUUAAAAGAGCUGGAAGCUGAGUGAGAGGCUGGAGAAAAAGUGUCUUCGCUAGGCGGAGGUUACAGGUGGUGUCUCGGAAAGAGCUCUGAAGCUGCAGGCUGUAGUCGAGAAGAGGAUCAGAGAACUGUGUGUGGAAGGGACAGCUAGGGGGCUAGCGUCCCGGGGCGCGGGGGGGGCGAAGUUCGCGACUUUCUGAAGACUGGCAGGAAUGUGCCUCCUGGCCCUCGGUGCUUCCCCCCUUGGGGGAGGCAUCGUGAGGGACGGUGGCAAGCUCCUCUGAACGCUGAGCAGCGGAGGUCCAACUCCACGCAUGGAUCCAGAGAAUGAGAAUUCAGCCACAGAGGCUGACGCGAUCAUAGACCUCGACCCCGACUUCGAACCCCAGAGCCGUCCCCGCUCCUGCACCUGGCCCCUUCCCCGACCUGAGCUCGCUACCGAGCCCUCCGAACCGUCCGAGGUGGAGCCAGGUCUGGGAGAGAAGGUACACCCGGAGGGGCGCUCAGAACCGACCCUGUUGCCCUCCCGGCUUCCAGAGCCGGCAGGGGGCCCCCAGCCCGCGAUCCUAGGAGCUGUAACAGGUCCUCGGAAGGGAGGCUCCCGCCGGAAUGCCUGGGGAAAUCAGUCAUAUGCAGAACUCAUCAGCCAGGCCAUUGAAAGCGCCCCGGAGAAGCGACUGACACUGGCCCAGAUCUAUGAGUGGAUGGUCCGCACUGUGCCCUACUUCAAGGACAAGGGUGACAGCAACAGCUCAGCGGGAUGGAAGAACUCAAUCCGUCACAACCUGUCCCUACACAGCAAGUUCAUCAAGGUUCACAACGAAGCUACUGGCAAGAGCUCUUGGUGGAUGCUGAAUCCGGAGGGAGGCAAGAGCGGCAAGGCGCCCCGCCGCAGGGCCGCCUCCAUGGAUAGCAGCAGCAAGCUGCUCCGUGGCCGCAGCAAGGCCCCCAAGAAGAAACCAGCCGUGCUGCCAGCUCCACCUGAAGGUGCCACUCCGAGGAGUCCUGUCGGCCACUUCUCCAAGUGGUCGGGCAGCCCUUGCCCUCGAAACCGUGAGGAAGCCGAUGUGUGGACCGCCUUCCGUCCACGGAGCAGUUCAAAUGCUAGCACUGUCAGCACCCGGCUCUCCCCCAUGAGACCAGAGCCUGAGGUGCUGGCAGAGGAGGAAAUGCCAGCCGCUGUCAGCAGCUACGCAGGGGGUGUCCCUCCCACCCUCAACGAAGACCUGGAGCUGUUAGAUGGGCUCAAUCUCGCAUCUUCCCAUUCCCUGCUAUCUCGGAAUAGUCUCUCUGGCUUCUCUCUGCAGCACCCUGGGGUUACAGGCCCCUUACACGCCUUCAGCACCCCCCUCUUUAGCCCAGCAGAGGGGCCCCUGUCAGCAGAAGGGUGCUUCUCAAGCUCCCAGUCUCUGGAGGCCCUGCUCACCUCUGACACACCGCCACCCCCUGCCGAUGUGCUCAUGACACAGGUAGAUCCCAUUCUGUCCCAAGCUCCCACACUUCUGUUGCUGGGAGGGAUACCUUCCUCCAGUAAGGUAGCCACAGGAGUUGGCCUGUGUCCCAAGCCGCUAGAGGCUCCAGGCCCAAGCGGUCUGGUUCCCAACCUUUCUAUGAUAACACCUCCUCCAGUCAUGGGGGAUGCUCCUGUCCCCAAGACCCUGGGGACUCCUAUGUUCACCUCCCCUGCUGAAGCUCCAAGCCAAGACAGAAUGCCUCAGGAUCUAGAUCUUGAUAUGUAUAUGGAGAACCUGGAGUGUGACAUGGAUAACAUUAUCAGCGACCUCAUGGAUGGGGGUGAGGGACUGGACUUCAACUUUGAGCCAGAUCCCUGAGCCAUGGCUGGAAGCUUUGGCCCCUGCUUCAGAGGUGGAGUCAGGCGUGUCCAUAUCCACUCUUUACCCUUGACCCCUCCCUGGGAAUUGGGACCCUACUUUUGAGCUAGGGUGGGGUCUGCUCACAUGGGUGUUAAGGAAAUAAAGAGAAAGCUGCCUCAUGGGGACUAUAGUGGGGGGAGGGAAAGGGAUGGAAGAAAGGGAAAGGGUUUAUUCUCACUGUGCCAAUUAGGGGGUAAGGCCCCCUCUUGGGAGCCAUCCUUGACUCCCCCCCCCAUUCCUACUCCCUGGGCCUUGUAGCAGGGGUGGGCAAUGCUGUUGGAAAUGUGAAGUCACCAGUGGCCUUACCCCUGCCUUUGGAGCAGGACUUUUUGUAGAGUCUUAUCUGAGCUGGUCCAGGUUAGGUUGAGCCUGGGAUUUUUUAUGCAGUGGCCCCUUAGGCCAGUAGGGUUGUGGGGGGGAGCAGCAGGGACUUGGAAGGGCCAAGGUCUGAGCACUGGAGUGGCUCACCAGGCCAAAUCACCCUUGGAAGGCUGCAGACUUUUUUUUUUUGAACUUUUAAAGAACUAUAAACACAAAUAUAGAGAUUUUUAACAGUAGCAAGGUGCUAGUGAUGGGGAGCGCGCUUUUUUUCUUUCUGAAGGCCUUGUCAAAUCAAUAUGAUGCAAACACUACAGGCAGUACUCGGGAAACAUGGGAAAGUGGGGGAGAGACCUCCAGGCCCAUGAAGGGGGUGAAGAGCAGCAGUAGGGAACAACUCUAAGCCAGGAGAAGAACACCCAUGUGGACCAGAACGAGGUCUGGGUGGAACUAGCUGAGCGUUUCCCUAAGCAAAGAGCUAACUAAGCCAGGUCCUCUUAUUCUGUCCAUUUGUGCCUGGGAGUGUGUGGUGUUGGGGUACAGCCACACCCUCCUAUGGCCCAAUCACUGUGGCUUUGUGCUAUGGUGGGAGAAUGCAUCGGAGGCCUGGAAUUAGUUUGCGGCCUGGGAAGGGGAUGGGAGGGGGGAAAGAGACGGAGGGAAGGAUUUAGGGUGGUAAAGUUAGGUACAGAGACCUCCCUGUUCAAGGCCCCUGACAGCUGUCCCUGCCCUUCUUCCUUUGCCUAACUACAGGGGUUAUGUGGAAGCUCCUUGGUGCAUGCAUGUGUGCGUGUGUGUGUCUGUGUGUGUGUGUGUGUGUGUGUUGGCAAAUGGGGAAGGGGUAGAACAGAGAAGGGGGAGCUGGGGAGCUUGGCUGAGGGUAUAAGAAAUGAGUGGGGAUGGAAGGGAAUGUGGAUCAGGUUUACUAACACCUGCCAGGGAGGCCAUCUGGGGCUCCUCCACCCCAGGCCCCAGCAGCCCCUCCCCCAGUCCCCUUUGCAUUGUCCCCUCCCCCACUCCUGCUGUGGGUUCCCAUCAUUUCCUGUGUCAGCGCCUGGCCUACCCAGAUUGUAUCAUGUGCUAGAUUGGAGUGGAGAAGUGUGUCAAAUCAAUAAAUGAAUAAAUUCAAUAAAUGCCUAUA